CACCGCAUUGCUUGUCAUCGACCACCACAUCUCCUGUCUUUGUCCUCGUCCCCGUUCACGUCUUUGAACGAAUCCGCGCAUCUCAUCAUCUCACGCCCAUCGCGACGAACGCCAACACCGCGAACGAAAGGGAUCUUGCCGGACGCACGGCUAGCUAUACACCUUGUCUUGUGCGACGCGAAUCGGCAGCAGAGAAUACUACACAUCUGAGCAGAGCGUGCUAACGAAGAAUACGACAUGGACACGCGCAACCAGGACCCCGAGGAGCUCUACGUCAAGCAGGACAGAAUUGGCAAGGGCUCCUUUGGCGAGGUCUACAAAGGCUACGACAAGCGCACCCAAAAGACAGUCGCGAUCAAGAUCAUCGACCUUGAGAGCGCGGAGGACGAGAUUGAGGAUAUCCAGCAGGAAAUUCAGAUCCUCUCGCAGCUGGACUCGCCCCAUGUCACCAAAUACCAUGGCUCGUACUUGAAGGGCUCCAACCUAUGGAUUGUCAUGGAGUUCUGCUCGGGCGGGUCGUGCUCAGAUCUGAUGAAACCCGGCGUCUUCCGCGAGGAGUACAUUGCCAUCAUCCUCCGCGAGCUGUUGCGCGGUCUAGAGUACCUCCACACUGAGGGGAAAUUGCACCGCGACAUAAAGGCGGCGAACGUGUUGCUCUCCGCGGGUGGGGAGGUCAAGCUGGCCGAUUUCGGCGUGUCGGGGCAGCUUUCGGGGACGCUAUCGGCGAAGAAGAAUACGUUCGUGGGGACGCCGUACUGGAUGUCGCCUGAGGUCAUCAAGCAAAGUGGAUACGAUCACAAGGCGGACAUCUGGAGUUUGGGUAUCACCGCCAUUGAACUGGCGAAGGGCGAACCUCCGUAUGCCGAACUCCAUCCGAUGAAGGUCCUUUUCCUUAUUCCGAAGAACCCUCCGCCGACUUUGGAGGGCAACUUCUCGAGAUCAUUCAGGGAGUUCGUGUCGUACUGUCUCCAGCGGGAUCCUCGCGACCGACCAUCUGCCAAGGAGCUGUUGAAGCACAAGUUCAUCCGGAUGGCGAAGAAGACGAGCUACCUGACUGAACUCAUCGAACGGCACGAGCGAUGGAAAGCCGAAGGCGGUGGCCGUGCAGAGGAAGACGAGCAGGAUAUGGUCAAUGAUCUCCCACAGAGCGGUGAUCCCGAAGACCUUUGGGACUUCGGUACCGUGCGCCAUGUGAGCACCGUCGGCCGGUCACAGAGCAACAUUCAAGUCUCUGGCCCUCCCUUAACAUGGGAGAACGACGACAAACUAUCGCGCGCGUCUGACUCUUCUUCCAUCCGCGUCGCUACACAGCGCGGUGUCGGUGGCUCGACGUCUUCGCGAGCCUCGUCGACAACAGCGAAGGGCGAUCUGCCGCCUUUGCCACCGCAGGCGCAGUCACGCAAGUUCGAUACGCAGUCGACCGUGCGACAUGCGCCGACGGCGGCAGCGAAGUCGGGGCAUGCACCGAGAGAACCCUCGGAUGAGUAUGAUGAUUAUGGAGAUCAGUAUGUGGACGAUGAGGCGGUGGACAAUUUGAACGGCAAGUUUUCGGGCGUGCAGUUGGAGGACGAUGAGGUUGCGGACACGACGAUGCUGGAUUCGGUCAUCUUGCCUGCGAUAGCAUCGCUCUUCCCGCGCGUCGCAUCGCAAGAAGCGCGGAUAGCGUUGAGCGCUUUGCAGCGCGCAUUCACGGAAGCGGAGCGCAUCAUCCCAGGAGUGACGCUCGAGUUCGUGAACGAGAUCGUGGACUCUGUCGAGCACGUCGAGGACGAUCGAUGAGCGAAUGCUGUAUUACCCUCGGCUCAUGGCAUACAUACUCUGUGCAUGGGUUCGCCAGGAUCUAAUCGUUACCCAUAUACCUGGACCCUCCCUUGUUUUCGCGCAAUCGUACACGCUCUUGGCAACAUCUGCUCGCACCCAUGUACUGUAUCUCCGCUCUGUCCUGCAAUGCAAUACAUUUGGCUGGAA